AACAUAUAAAAAAAAAACUAUAACUAAAUCUGUCUAAUUUGUUGUAAAAUAAAAGUUCAAAGUUAAUUUAACUGAGAAAUUAAAAAAAAGGAUUAAAUUGAACAUCACUAUAGAGUUGAGAAACCAAAUUGCAUUAUUGCAUCUUUACCAAAAAAAGAAAAAGGGCAAAAAAGAGGGGCCAUGUAAUGUAAUGUAAUGAUGUAACCAAAUCUUAUUACUUAAAAGUCAGACCAAAAUAAAUUAAAUAAAAAUAAAGUCUCCCUAAAUCUUUAAAACAAAUAGAAAAAAGAAAAAGAAAUAAAGGCCGGGAAGCAUCCCAUCUGUUCCUUUUUUCCCUCUUUUUCAAUUAGACUAAUCCAAACAGCAACCUCUCUCUCUCCCUCUCUCUCUCUGUUCCUUAAUUCUCUCUUUCACUCAACUAUAUCAGUCAUACCAUUACCAUUUCAACUGCUACUGCUACUGCUCCUGCUCCUGCUCCAUUUUUCUUUUUUAUCUCUCUUCUAACAGAAGCUGAGAAAUGACGGCCACUGUCACUGCUCUAUCACCGGACCAAUUCUUGAAGCAGUGUGAGCAAUCUGGCGAUGCUGCAUACGCUGCGUUUAGGUCGUUGCUGGAGCGGUUGGAGGAUCCGAAUACCCGAUCUCAGGCCCGCAUCUUCCUCUCCGUUCUUCAAAAACACGUCGCCGCUUCCGAUGAUUGUCUUGAUAAGUAUCAUUUUCGGAUCCAAGAUAUCUUCUUGGAUCACUAUCAAGGUUAUCAGGGGAGAAAGAAAUUGACAAUGAUGGUGAUUCCUAGCAUUUUUAUCCCUGAAGACUGGUCGUUCACUUUUUAUGAGGGACUGAAUAGGCAUCCCGAUUCAAUUUUCAAGGACAAGACGGUUGCUGAGCUUGGUUGUGGAAAUGGAUGGAUAUCAAUUGCUAUUGCUGAUAAGUGGUUGCCUUCUAAGGUGUAUGGUCUUGAUAUUAAUCCUAGAGCAGUCAAGGUUUCUUGGAUAAACUUAUACUUAAAUGCUUUGGAUGAAAAUGGUCAACCCAUCUAUGAUGCGGAAAAGAAAACUUUACUGGACAGGGUGCAGUUUCAUGAGUCUGAUCUACUUUCUUAUUGUAGAGAUCAUGACAUUCAACUUGAACGAAUUGUUGGAUGCAUACCUCAGAUUCUUAACCCAAAUCCAGAUGCAAUGUCUAAAAUGAUUACAGAAAAUGCAAGUGAAGAGUUUCUGUAUUCAUUGAGUAACUACUGUGCACUUCAGGGGUUUGUUGAGGAUCAAUUUGGCCUUGGACUAAUUGCCAGGGCUGUUGAGGAAGGAAUAUCUGUCAUCAAACCUAUGGGGAUUAUGAUCUUUAAUAUGGGCGGCCGUCCAGGACAAGCUGUUUGUAAACGCUUGUUUGAAAGGCGUGGAUUUCAUGUAAACAAGCUUUGGCAGACUAAAGUUAUUCAGGCUGCUGACACAGACAUUUCAGCCUUAGUUGAAAUUGAGAAAAACAGUCCACACCGGUUUGAGUUUUUUAUGGGUCUUUCUGGAGAUCAGCCUAUUUGUGCUCGAACAGCAUGGGCCUAUGGGAAGGCUGGUGGCCGAAUUGCUCAUGCUUUGUCAGUGUACAGUUGUCAACUUCGUCAACCAAACCAGGUUAAGAAAAUUUUCGAGUUCCUUAAAAAUGGCUUCCAUGAAGUAAGCAGUUCAUUGGAUUUAUCUUUUGAGGAUGAUUCCGUUGCUGAUGAGAAGAUUCCAUUCCUAGCUUUUCUUGCUAGUGAAUUGAAAGAAAAAUCAUGUUUCCCCUAUGAAUCACCAGCAGGAAGCAUAUAUUUCCGUAAUCUAAUUGCAGGCUUUUUGAAGAUAUACCACCAUAUUCCACUGAAAUCCAAUAAUGUCGUCAUCUUUCCUUCAAGGGCUGUCGCAAUUGAACACACUCUUCGAUUGUUCUCACCUCGCGUUGCAAUUGUUGAUGAACAUCUGACUCGACACCUACCCCGACAGUGGUUGACAUCUUUAGCAAUUGAGGGUACGGAAAAUUAUGACCCUUCAAAGGAUGUAAUUACAGUCAUUGAUGCACCAAGGCAAUCUGAUUUAAUGGUAGAGCUGAUAAAGAAGCUCAAGCCACAGGUGGUGAUUACUGGGAUGGCUCAAUUUGAGGCUGUAACCAGUUCAGCUUUUGUUCAGCUCUUGGAUGUUACUAGGGAAAUUGGAUCUCGUCUUUUCUUAGACAUAUCUGAUCACCUGGAACUCUCCAGCCUUCCCAGUCCCAAUGGAGUUCUAAAAUAUCUUGCAGGAACUCGUCUACCUUCACAUGCUGCAAUCCUAUGUGGUUUUGUAAAGAACAAGGUUUAUUCAGAUUUGGAAGUGGCUUUUGUCAUUUCAGAAGAGGAGGCAGUUUUUAAGGCCUUGUCCAAGACUGUAGAAGUGCUAGAAGGAAAUACUGCACCAAUCAGGCAGUUGUAUUAUGGUUGCUUGUUUCAUGAGCUUCUAGCUUUUCAGCUUGUUGACCGACAUCCGCUUCCAGAGAGGGAUUUUGAAAAAGUCAAAUCAGUUGAGGCGAUUGGCUUUGCUAGUUCUGCAAUUCCAGUUCUCAAUGAUUCAGAGUUGUCAAUAAGUGAGGAAGAAAAGUCUUCCUUAAUCCACAUGGAUAUAGAUCAAAGUUUUAUGCCCAUUCCAUCUCCUGUGAAGGCUGCAAUAUUUGAAAGUUUUGCAAGACAGAACAUGGCUGAGUCAGAAAUUGAUGUCACCCCAAGCAUCAAACAGUUCAUCAAGAACAAUUAUGGGUUUCCUAUGGACAAUAAAACAGAGUUUGUAUAUGCUGACUUCUCACAAGCCCUGUUUAAUAGACUGAUUCUUUGCUGCAUCCAAGAAGGCGGAACAUUUUGUUUCCCUGCUGGCUCAAACGGCAAUUAUGUCUCUGCCGCCAAGUUCUUAAAAGCAAAUGUCAUGAGUAUCCCUACUGACUCUGGAUCUGGCUUCAAACUGACAGACAAGCUACUUGAUGGAGUACUUGAUACCGUGAAUAAACCAUGGGUGUAUAUUUCUGGUCCAACAAUUACCCCUACAGGCUUGCUUUACAGCAAUAAAGAGAUGGAGAACAUACUAACUACCUGUGCAAGAUUUGGGGCCAGAGUAAUCAUUGAUACUUCCUUUUCAGGAUUGGAGUUUGAAGGUUGGGGUGGUUGGAAUUUGGAGACAACAUCAUCGAAGUUGAAUUCCUCUAACAAUCCAUCUUUUUGUGUCUCUCUGAUUGGAGGACUGUCUCUGAAGCUCUCAAGCGGAGUACUCAAAUUUGGUUAUUUGGUUUUAAACGAUCCAUUUUUGGUUGAUGCAUUUUAUAGCUUUCCAGGACUAAGCAAACCCCAUAGCACUGUUAAGUAUGCUAUAAAGAAGCUGUUGAGUCUGAAUGAGCAGAAAGCAAGAGACCUGACAGAUGCUGUUGCAGAACAAACAAGAAAUUUGAAAUCCAGAUCCCAGCGCAUGAAAGAGACACUAGAGAAAUGCGGGUGGGAUGUGUUGGAACCUCGUGGCGGGGUGUCCAUGAUUGCAAAGCCUUCUGCCUAUCUAAACAAGGUUGUUAAGAUCAAGCAUUCACCUGAAAAUGAUGAGGAAAAUUCCACUGCUUAUGAAGUCAAGCUGGAUGACUCAAAUAUCAGGGAAGCCAUUGUCAGGUCCACAGGUUUGUGUAUCAACAGUGGUGUAUGGACUGGAAUUCCUGGUUACUGCCGCUUCACAAUUGCUCUGGAAGAACGAGACUUCGAGCGAGCAUUAAAUUGCAUAAUCAAGUUUAAGGAUCUCAUUGGCAACUAAUAUCUUUACAUUUUGAUUCAGUAUUUUCACGACUUAGGUGUCGUGAAAUAAGGCAGAUUUAAAAAAAUCCAACUUACUGAACUCCUGAAAUUUGUACAAGCCAAUAUCAGCUAAGGCAUUCCUUUUCUGAAAUCAUAGCAAUGCAUGCUGCUUUUCCAGUUGGGUUUCAUUUAGCCGCCAUUUAUGUGAACACUUCAAAAUUGAGUAUAAGGAAAUCUUUUUAAUUUGCUUUA